UUACCAUCGCACAAGAAUCUGGUCAUAAAGAGGUUGAGAUGGAUGUGUACAGCACAUUAGGGAAUGCCCACUUGAAAAAAAAAAGAAUAUGAUGAUGCUAUAUUAUACAGUAAAAAAUGUCUUGCCAUCGCACACAAAUCUGGUGAUAACAAAAAUGAGAUGAUCGCGGACAUUAUUUUAGGGGAUGCCCACUUGAAGAAAGAAGAAUAUGAUGAUAUAUUAUACGGUAAAAAAUGUCUUGCCGUAGCACAGGCAUCUGGUGAUAAAGGAGCUAAGAUGUACGCGUACAUGACGUUAGGAGAUGCCCACUCGAAGAAAAAAGAGUAUGAUGAUGCUAUAUCAUACAGUACACAAUGUCUUGCCAUCGCACAAGAAUCUGGUGAUAAAGUGGCUGAGAUGAGUGGGUAUAUGACUUUAGCAAAUGGCCAUUUGCUGAAAGAAAAAUAUGAUGAUGCUAUAUCAUACAGUACAAAAUGUCUUGCCAUCGCAAGAGAAUCUGGUGAUGAAGUGGCUGAGAUGAAUGCAUACAUGCUGUUAGGAAAUGCCCACUUGAAGAAAAAAGAAUAUGAAGAUGGUAUAUCAUACAGUAAAAAUUGUCUUGCCAUUUCACACGAAUCUGGUGAAAAAGUGGCUGAGAUGAAGGCGUUCAUACUGUUAGGRGAUGCCCACUUGGAAAAAGAAGAGUACGAUGAUGCUCACUCCUUCUUUACUCAAGGCAGGACAAUAGCGGAGGAACAAGGAGACAACCGUAACGUCAUCUUUUUUAAAACACGUAUAAACGAAAUUUAUGAAAUAGUUGGCACGUCUGAAGGAUAUAGUGAAUUAUUGUCAGAACUCGAAUUCCCGCAAGGGUUUCUAGAUGGUAUUCAAAAUUUUGACAGUUUUUUGCGUUCGUUGCUUGGCUAUUUGCUUAAUAAAGCAAGUGGCAAUUACAAGGAAGCCCUUUCCUGUCUUGAGACUUGUAUGGCACUCGGAAACAACAGUUACUAUAAAGCUGAAUAUGGUGAAAAAUUGUGGACUCUGAAGCAUGACAUCUCAGAGAUGCAUGUGUUACUUAGGGACUACGAUAAGGGUAUACAGUAUCAACAAGAAGCACUAGAUGUCGCACGCAAAGAGGGCUCAAAGUCCAAACAGGCAAAGUCCCAUUUUAGCCUAGGAAAAGUCUAUUAUAAACUUCAACAGUAUGGGAAUGCAGAGAAGUCAUUGAAAGAAUCGUUAACGGGCUAUGAAAAGAUAUUUGUUGGUCUUAAGCAAAACGAUCGUUUCAAAAUAGCUUUCGUUGAUAAAUACAAAGAGACUUUCAAGAAGCUUCUGAAGGUUCUUAUUGAAACAAAUAAGAAAGAAGAAGCUCUGGUAUUGUCUGACCACUAUCGUGCAAAAGCCUUGAAAGAUCUUCUUGUUUCAAGCUAUGGAAUGAAGAAAGAACAAACUCCUGAUGAGGAUUUACAGUAUGCCGAUGUCCAGUCUCUUGUCUCCAGCAGUGAUUACACUCUUCUGUUUUAUUCAACGUGUUUUGACGAGUUGUACACGUUUGUAGUAGAGGCAGGAAAGGAGCUUGGAUUUUCAGUCCAACGUUUUAAAUACUGUGAUACAUGUCUAGACAAGCUUGUUGAUGAAAGAUUUGAAGAUAUGAAAGUGCGUCAAGUAAUCCACUGUGAGGACAGAUCAUUAGACAACAUGCACUACUCUGAAGAAAACAAGGAUCCAAAAGAUGAUGAAUUAACGCAGCUGUUGAUUCAACGGAGAGAAAAGAGAUUAUCAGAACAAUGCCGUUCUACUUGUGUAUGCAGAGAAAACCCAUCGGAAAACUGCGAUAAGAGCAGCCGGACCAGUGGCCUGGAAAUAUUGAAUCAAAAGUUAAUACACAACAUCAAGUGUUUCAUUAAACAAGACGAAAUUGUCAUUAUUCCUGAGGGUCCCUCGUGCAGAUUACCAUUUGCUGCCCUACGGGACCCAGACACGGGACAAUUUUUGUCAGAAACAAAGCGAAUAAGAAUGGCUCCUUCCAUUUCAUCUUUAAAGCUUCUCCAAGAAUACCCAGUGGACCAUCACUCCAGAAAAAAAGCACUGAUCAUUGGCGCUACCUUCGUUGGUUCAGUUAUGUUCAAUGGAGAAAAAACUGAAUUUAAGUUCUUACAUGGCGCAAUACUAGAGGCACAAGAAAUAGCUAGCAUGCUUGGAGUUCGGGCGUUAUUGUCAGCUUACGCUACGAAACAUGUUGUCAUAAAGAGACUACAAGAAGGAGCGUCUGUUGUUCACAUUGCUGCGCACGGUGACUUGGAAAAGGCCACAAUCGUACUUGCUCCUUCUCCUGAGAUCAGAGCAACAAAGAUCCCAGAUGAGGAAGAUUACAUGCUCACCAUGGCUGAUGUACAGCAGGCUCAAGUACGUGCACAGUUAGUUGUGUUAAGCUGCUGUCACAGUGGACGUGGUGAGAUUAAAGCUGAAGGAGUAGUUGGCAUGUGUCGAGCCUUUCUCGCGUCGGGUGCUCGUGCUGUGGUGGGUUCCCUGUGGGCCAUCAAUGACGAUGCUACGAGGAUGUUUAUGGAAACGUUUUACAAGUAUCUGAAGGACGGCAAGAGCGCAAGUACAAGCCUGCAUCUGACGAUGAACGACAUGAGAAAAACGCCACAAUACAGUGAACCAAAGUAUUGGGCUCCUUUCUUUUUGAUGGGCGAUGAUGUGACGAUCCAGUUCAAAGAUUAGCACAGUAAAGAUGAGACUGAAACAUUUUUUUAAGGUAAUUUUCCUGUGGACAUUAUUUCCAUGAACAGUGAUUARAUUAAAACAAUUAUCAAGUUUAAAGAUUCAAAGGACUAACAGUAUGUAUUCACUUUAGUGCAAAACCUGUUUUAGUUGGGAGGGGCGUAGAUCAAGAACGGAAAGCGAGGUCAGUAAGGCAAAGAAAAUAUAAUG